CACACAGACACUCACACACACAGACACACACACAGACACACAGCUCAUAGACACUCACACACAGCACACAACCCAGAGGGGAGCUUGGGCUACAAAGUUCCACAGUGUCUUGGAACAGCAGAACUGUGGGAUAUUGGUCUUCUGAGGGUUGUAAAUCCAAGGUCACAGUGCUGGGUCUCUCUGAAGCCUGGGCAGGAAAGCUCUGUCCCAGCCUCUCCAGGCUGCUGGGGUAUCCCUGUGGGCCGCCUCAGAGUAGAGCUGCCAUCAUGCUGUUUUAGGGGCUUGUACAGCAGCAGAGCCUCUCCUAGAGUGACCAUCUGCAGACACAGUUGUCCAGGAAGGCCACAAUUGACCAUCUGAAGGUCAGGGUAGCCACAGAACUUUCUGGGUGACACUACUGAGCAAAUGGUUGUGUCCCACAGGGAGUCUUCUCCAUUUCACGCACAUCCCUAGCUCGUCAGGAGAGCGUUUGUACGAGGGAGGUCAUACAAAGCAAACAGGCCUGGGUCACAUGACCACGUGCCGGGCAUUGUAAACAGGCCAGGGCACGUGGAGGUGCGCAAUCGCCGGCGAGGCCGGGGCUGGGUGGUGCUGGAUGGGAUAUUAGUGGCAUCGCAGAGUGGGCUGUGCCCAAGGUUCAGCCUCAGAGAACUAAGGUUGCCUAGGGAGUCAGAGAGGCAGCCAGGGGCAGGCAUACCGCACAUGGGCACUUCACCCAUCCAUAGAUCUGGACCCCGUGUGGGCACUGGAGGCCCCAGGGUACACACCUUCGCCAGAGAGGGGAGAGCAGGAAGCCCUCCCCCGACUCCUCGCACUCUGUCUUCUCCCUGUCUCCCCGCCUCUUCCUGAUCUGCACCUUCCCCUCACCCCACCCGGCGCUAAGUGGCUUCCUGUGACCACUGUCGGCGGGGCGGGCGUCAAGCCCCAUCUCCCUCCCUGUCCAGCCACCCUGUGUUGAGACGGGGACAGGGCUGUUGCGCAUGUGCUUUGGGGUCUCUCCAUCUUUCCUGCCUUCUCUGCAGCCAUCUCGGCUAGGAUCCUGGUUCCCAUGGCACCCUGACCUUGUGGUAGAAGUGGCCCAUCCAAAUAUAAUCCACGAAUCAGGGGCACAAAUUCUGCGCCACGCUAACCUCCUGGUGGGGUCUCCAUCAGCUCUGGCUGACCAGACCACAGAGCAGCAGCUCAUGGAGGCCUCAAACUGCUGGGGCCACACUGUGUUUGUGGCCAGAGGAGCCCUGUGGGGGACUGAGGACAUCAGGAGACUGGAUUUAGCAGGAGGCCUCCAGAGCCUUCGAGUCACCAUGGCCACACAUCCCGAUGGCUUCCGGCUGGAGGGAUCCCUGGCUGCAGCGCACAUCAGUGGGCCCCGCACAGUGCUCUACGAGGGCCCCGUGCGUGGGCUCUGCCCCUUGGCCCCCCGGAAUUCUAACACCAUGGCAGCCGCUGCCCUGGCUGCCCCCAGUCUAGGCUUCGACCGUGUCGUUGGGGUGCUUGUGGCUGACCUUAGCCUCAGAGACAUGCACGUGGUGGACGUGGAGCUGAAAGGCCCCCCAGGACCCACAGGCCACAGCUUCGCGGUGCACACCCACAGAGAGAACCCAGCCCAGCCUGGCGCUGUCACCGGCUCUGCCACUGUCACAGCCUUCUGGCUCAGCCUGCUGGGUGCGGCCAGACCCCUCCAUCAGUCCCUUGACCUUUGUGCCCUGCGGAACUCAAUGUCGGGUGUCCCACCCCGGUUUUCUGUCCGCCCGUCCUUAGUUUUCACUCCCAGGCUUUAUGAGCCCGUUUCCCCGCCCCUUUCUCUGAGUCUCCGUCCCUCUUGUCUCUCCACAUCUCUUUCUGAGUAUCCUCUUUGGGUUGUACUACACUACCAUUUCCAAAGCCCUGGGUCGUCGUGGCUGCUUGCAGGUCUGGGUUGCAUCCUAGUCUUUCCUUCUUCCCGCAGGCUGCUGCCAGCUCCCCUCCAAACCUGGGAUUCAUCUCUGCUGACAAGUCUCCCCCACUGCCCUUGCUGUCACCUCGACCUCUAUGUGUCUCAGUAAACAUCAGAGUUCUGUC